AUGGUGGGCGACGCCGAGGCGGACGAGGAGGAGUCGCAGGUGGCCACGAACCUGGCCAAGGCGGCGGCGCUCAAGGAGGAGGGCAACGAGGCCUUCAAGCGCGGCGACUACAAGGCCGCGAUGAUCGCGUAUCAUCAAAUCUACAUGUACGUGCACGGCUUCUCUGAGACAUCCGGUGGCGCUGGCGCGUCAAGCUCGCCGGCCGGUCUGCCUUGGAGCCCACGCAAGUCGGUCACCGAGGCCGAGACGGCGCAGCUUCGCUCGCUCAAGGUCGCGCACUUCUCGAACCUCGCGGCGUGCCACCUGAAGCUGGGCGCCGUGCCAAAGGCGCGAGACUGCUGCUCCAAGGCCCUCGCCCUGGAUCCGGGCCACCUGAAGGCGCGCUUCCGCCGCGGCAAGUGCCUCGCGGCGCUCGGUGCGCUCGACGACGCGCGGGACGACCUCGAGACGGUCCUGCGCGCCGACCCCGAGAAUCGCGAGGCGCACCGGGAGCUGCGCGAGCUCAAGAUGAGGCUGGCGGCGCAGCGGCGGCGCGAGGCCAAGAAGUUUGCGGGCUUCUUCGACCGCCUCAGUACCGAAUCCAGUGUGGGUUCAGGUCCUUGGGUGGUGCGGUAG